UUGUUGUUUAGUUAAUGAGAAGAUUGAUGAACCUUGAAUAUUGAAAUCAAGGGCACGUUUGGGCUGAGAGGAUAUUUUUUUUUCUGGUUCAAGGAGUUGCAAGGGAUCUGAUUUUGUUCUCUUACUCUUUUUUAUGAUUUUGCUGGUUUGUCGUUAUGGGUUUUGUUUAUUGAAAAGAGAAGAAAGGGGGAAACCAUGUUGUUAAUUUGGAUUUGAACUUGGGUCGUGGCUUGAAUUUCGAGGCUUAAAAUGGGUGCUUCCUUUUGACUUUGUGAAGAUUCUACAGUCAAAUCCAUCUGCAAGAAAUCUGGGCCCGGCAAUCAUAUACCAGCCUUGUCAUCAUCGUGGUUUGAUCAUCUUUGUAUGGACUCAUACAUAAAAGAAUCAGACAACUGAAUUUUUGUUCUGUUUCUAUAAAACAUUGAACAAGAAAAAAAGGAUUAUCUGGAAUGGAAUAGUUAGCCAUGUCGGUUGUACAUGUCCUAGAAGCCAAUAUGGUGGGGCCAGAUCAAUAAUGCAAAUGUUUUGUUUUGUUUGUGCCUUUUUAAGACUUGUUGUUUUGGCUUCUAAAAUGAUCAUUGGUUUCUAAGAGUUGAAUCUGUUAAGUGAGGAAAGUUCUGUAGAAAUUCUUGGUGCCAAAUGAGUCGGGAACAGAAAGGGAAACAGGAAAAAGGCGGCUUGAAUGCAGCCGAGAAAGUUGUUGUUGCUGUUAAGGCAUCCAAAGAAAUUCCCAAGGCUGCUCUAGUGUGGGCUUUGACACAUGUUGUUCAACCUGGAGAUUGCAUUACAUUGUUUGUUGUUGUUCCUUCACCUGGCUCAGGUAAAAAAUGGAGUUUUCCAAGAUUUGCCGGGGACUGCGCCAGUAGGAAGUCUCACUCAGGAUCAAAUUCGGAGAAAAAAUCUGAUAUCACUGAUUCCUGCUCACAAAUGAUUCUCCAGCUUCAUGAUGUUUAUGAUCCAAACAAGAUCAAUGUCAAGAUAAAAAUUGUUUCUGGAUCACCUUCUGGAGCGGUGGCUGUCGAGGCCAAGCGAGCCCUUGCUAGUUGGGUUGUAUUGGACAAGCAGCUUAAGCACGAAGAAAAACGAUGCAUUGAGGAGUUGCAAUGCAACAUUGUGGUUAUUAAGAAUUCACAGGCAAAAGUUCUCCGCUUAAAUUUGGUUGGAUCACCUGAGAAGGAAACUGAAGCAUCUUGUCAAUUAAAAUUUGGGGCAAAUGAAGCAUCCAAAAAGUACUCCGAAAACAAAGAUGCAUCAUCUGGUUCUAUUCGAGGGCCAGUUGUCACUCCAGCUAGUAGUCCAGAGCUCGGGACACCAUUUACCGCUACUGAAGCAGGAAACUCAUCAGUGUCUAGCUCCGAUCCAGGCACUUCUUUUUUCAACUCAGAAGGGAAUGGAGACCUAAAGAAGGAGGAAUCGUUGGUCAUUAAAGAAAUUGAGGGUCUUGAUGAAUGUGGUUCCGACCCAGAGAGUGAAAAUUUAUCCUUAGCUUCAACGAGUUUAAGGUUCCAACCAUGGAUAACAGAGUAUCUUAUUUCUCAUGGUCAAUCCUCACGACACCUUGAAGAAACUUCAGGAAGAGUUCACGAUGGGGCCCAAGCUUCAACAACAAAAGCCUUGCUGGAGAAAUUUUCAGAACUUGAUAGAGAGGCUGGCAUUGGAAUAUCAACUUUUAGGAGUGAUACUGAAUUUAGCGGAAAUGUGAGGGAAGCAGUUUCAUUAUCGAGAAAUGCCCCUCCUGGCCCUCCUCCAUUGUGUUCAAUAUGUCAGCAUAAUUCACCUGUAUUUGGAAAACCACCAAGGUGGUUUACCUAUGCUGAAUUGGAGCUUGCAACUGGUGGGUUUUCACAAGCUAAUUUCUUGGCUGAGGGUGGGUUUGGAUCUGUUCAUAGAGGGCUACUCCCUGAUGGUCAGGCGAUUGCAGUCAAGCAACACAAAUUGGCUAGUUCUCAAGGAGAUGUUGAGUUCUGCUCAGAGGUGGAAGUCCUGAGCUGUGCUCAGCACAGGAAUGUUGUUAUGCUGAUUGGAUUCUGCAUCGAGGAUAGAAGGCGCUUGCUCGUUUAUGAGUACAUAUGCAAUGGAUCCCUGGAUUCUCAUCUAUAUGGGCGUCAUCUGGAACCUCUAGAAUGGUUUGCACGGCAAAAGAUUGCAGUAGGAGCUGCUAGAGGUCUGAGAUACCUACAUGAAGAAUGCAGAGUUGGCUGCAUUGUGCAUCGUGACAUGCGGCCAAACAACAUCCUCAUCACCCAUGAUUUUGAACCUUUGGUUGGCGAUUUUGGCCUUGCAAGAUGGCAACCUGACGGUGAUACUGGAGUCGAAACCAGAGUUAUUGGAACAUUUGGGUAUUUGGCACCAGAAUAUGCUCAAUUUGGCCAAAUCACAGAAAAAGCCGAUGUUUAUUCCUUUGGAGUGGUGUUAAUUGAACUAGUUACUGGACGGAAAGCUGUGGACCUUAAUAGGCCGAAGGGCCAGCAAUGUCUUACUGAAUGGGCAUGUCCACUUUUGGAACAAUAUGCUAUAGAUGAAUUGGUGGACCCCAGAUUGGAGGAUCGCUAUUCUGAACACGAAGUCUAUUGCAUGCUUCAUGCCGCAUCGUUAUGCGUAAGGCGGGAUCCUCAUUGUAGGCCUCGCAUGUCACAGGUGCUCCGCUUAUUGGAAGGUGAUGUGCUCAUGAAUGCAAAUUACUCAUCGCCAGGUUAUGAUGUCGGCAACCGUAGUGGCCGGUUAUUGACAGAGCAGCAACGGCAUUACAGUGGACCACUCGCUAGUGAUUCAUUAGAUGGGUUCGGCGGAAAGCUCUCCCUUGACGGACCAAGGCCGAGAACAAGGCGGACUUCAUGUGAAGAUCAUUUGUAAAAGGCUUGCUUACUAGGUUUCUUAACACACGGUAAGCCAUAUACAUAUGAAGCCUUUCCAUGGUAUUUUCUUUUAGUAUUUACAUCUUGCUUUUGUAUAGUAGUAGUAUUGGAAGCAAGGUUUUUAGUAGGGUUUUUGUAUUUCUUUUUGGAAAUGCCCAUUGUCAAA